UUUAUUUUAUUUUUAUUUUUUUUUUAAUUUCCCCCCCCAUUUAACUAUGACAGAUUACAUUAUUUCUACAGAAGAACCUCCUUUAACAACUGAAGAGCCUUUAAAUAAUCCAGAACUUUUACAGGAAAUAAAAGACUUGAACGCAGUUGACGACCCUCAUGACAUACAAGUUCCUACUGCUAUUAUUAUCGAUAAGGAAGAGCCCAACAAACUUCACAGUCAUCCAUUACCUAUCCCAUCUCAACUUGCAUCUACAGUUACAACUACAACUACUAUCCAGGGUGCACUUGAAACUCCUAAAACUUUAACGCAACUAUCGAAUAAUGAAUCAGAGGAUGAUGAUGAUGAUGAACUGAAACGCAUCACCGAAUCCAAUCGUCACAUCACUCCACCACCCCCCACACCACAACGGCCACGUUCCAAAUCCCUACGCAGUCUUAGUCUAUCAGUACGUCGUCAGUUGCUGGUCUUUUCUGAUCAACCCACUGUAAUUGAGCAAGGUGAUCGUAUCAUCACUCAUUAUAAAUAUGGAGCGGGGCCAAAAGGAGCCCUGGAUGACGAUCAACGACCGACACGACAACAACGAUCCUAUCUUGUAGCCUGUGACUUUAGUGAUGAAAGUCAAAAUGCCAUUGAAUGGACAACAGGAACGAUGAUGCGUGAUGGAGACCGUCUUUAUGUAGUGACGGUUGUCAAUCGAGAAGAUAAUCCAGAAGCAGUGAAGAAAACAGGACUCUCUUUAUCAAAGGAGUUGAAGAAAGCAUCAGAGAGUGUCACGGAAAUAUCCAAAAAGGCCUUAAAACAAAUGUUAUUAUUUGAUAUUGACUUGAUAACGUUUGCUAUUUGUGGACGAGUGAAGACGGUUUUAUCAAAAUUGAUUGAAGAUCUAUCUUUAACAAUGGUUAUUUGUGGUAGUAGAGGCAGAGGCACAAUGACAGGGUAUAGAAUUAAUUCUUACUACUACAAGAAUCGAGUACAUUAUUAACAAUAACUUGAAAUAGGAUAUUUAUGGGCUCUAUUUCUACUUUUCUCGUUCAUAAUUCAACAGUUCCUGUUACCGUCAUUCGACCACAAAAGAAAAAGAAAGUUGUUUCUAAAAAGCCAAUCCAUCCACUACCACUAAGCCAAAGUAAAUCAAAUAUACAUAUAUAUAUGUAUAUGCGUGUGUGUGUGUUUAGUUUUAUUAAAUGUGCUAAUUUUCUUUAUAUUUAUAUAUAGGCGUAAAGUUAGGUCAGUUAGCUGUGGAUGAGCUUAGUAGUAAUAAAUCCACAAGCAAAAAAUAGUGACUAUCUUAUAAAAACAUCUUGUUUUCGUUAUCCAACGAAACAUCAAAGUCUUCUUCAUAAGACGUAGUAGUAGAUAACUGUCCACCACUAUUUGCACUAAGUGUUAAAUAC